AUGGAUCAGAUGGAAGUAAGUUCGGUUACAGCUAUAUUGGAAAGCUACGAGUGUCUUGAGGUGUACCUAACGCAAUCUGCCGCCGAUAUUAUUCAGCUUCCGUUCAACAACAACCCGAACCGCGCUGACCCCCGAAAUACGAACCCUGUCCCGAUCAGUGAUACGGCCCAGAUGGGAGGUACUGGUGUGGUGUUGAAGGUAGACUACCAGCCAUCCGGGCACCUGCCGUACUGGCUGUCCGAGCUUGUACGCAAAAGCGUGAUUGCCAAUUGGGAUCGCAUCACCGCUCAUACUCCCAUUUGCCUCGAUCUAUUUUUAGAAACUAUCGAGUUCUGUGUGAACAGUAGUUUCUUCUGCUUCAACCAGACUUACUACAAGCAAAAAACAGGCCUGGCUAUGGGAAGUCCCAUUGCUUCUCCCAUCGCAGAGAUUGUGGUUGAUGAUUUGCUCGAUUCAGCAGCCACACAAAGUUCCAUUCCGCUCCCACAUAUAAGAAAAUAUGUGGACGAUUUAUUCCUGAUUCUUCCCGAAGACUCUGUGGAAUAUGUCCAAAGCGUUUUCAACUCACAACAUAGAAACAUACAAUUCACCGUUGAGGUUGAAAAAGACAGAAGUUUGCCAUUUUUAGACAUGAUGUUGCACCGAAAUGAAGAAGGAAAAAUCACCACCGAUUGGUACAUGAAACCGAUCGCGUCUGGCCGUUUUUUGAAUUUCUACUCUUUCCAUCCACUCCAUCAAAAGUUAAACGUCGCAACCGCCUUUGCAAAGCGUGUUUCAUUGUUUUCAUCCCGAGCAAACAACAAUGAAAUCCACGAAAUUAUUCGCACCAACUUGAGACUGAAAGAUUACCCAAUCGGUUUAAUCAAUGGGAUUAUCAAUCGUCUCAACGAAAAAAGUGACAUCCAAACAGCUAUGGUAGCAGAAGAAAAUAAAAUUUCACGCUCGCUCACAAAUAUUGAUGGUCUAAGCGCCAACAUAACAAAAACAUUGCGUUCGGAAUAUGCAGAUAUACGAACAGCAAGUAAACAAGCAAAGACUAUUGGAUGCCUUUUCCCGAUAAUAAAAGACAAAACACCACGGGACGAACAAACAAAUGUAACUUACAGGAUAAAUUGCAAAGGACAUAGGAAAGACGAGGAAACACAAGAAACGGAAAACUGCGAAGCAUGCUACAUUGGAUGCACUACGAGGAAACUAAAACAACGGAUUUCACAGCACAGGACCCAAACAAAUGAACUCAAGCGAUUAUGGAACAUCGGAUACACGAAACAGGAUUAUGCAAUUCAACAGCUUCGCCAACAAACAGCCUUACUGGAACAUGAAAUAGCUAUGGAUCAUCUGUUCGACAUCGAUAAAGCGGAUAUCAUCGACAGAUUCCCUGAUGACGAUCCUAUAUGGAUUGAAACGUUGGAACGUUAA